AUGGGCAGCGGAAGUUCAGCGCAGCAGACCAAGAUGAAGGACGCGACUACUGCGGAGGGGUGCACCAUAGCUUCGGAACCGUCGAAGGAAGACAAGGAGAAGAUCGUGGCCGCCCCGGCCAAGCUGGACGAGGACACUCAUGACCUCGAGACAGAUGAUGCAGGUGCCGGGCGCACGCAGGCCGGCAAGGUGGAGAAGGAUUCGCACCUGAUGAUCAAGGGUCGUCCGUGCAAGUGCGUCGAGGUCUCCACCUCCGGGGAAGGAGAGGCCCUGAUCGUGGCCAUUGACAUCCUCACAGGCAAGAAAAUGGAACAUGUCUGCCCCGCCUCUGACAAGUUGGAGGUGCUGAGGGCUGAUGCGAAGUUUACCGAGUACGAGGUGCUGAGGGCUGAUGCCGACACAGGAGAACUAAGCCUUAUGAAGGAGAUGUUCAGCAGCAAGGACGAUGUCAAGCUACCCACGGACAAGAAGAUGAAGGCGGAAAUCUGUGACGAGUUUGUGAAAGGAGAAAAGUCGAUCUACGUGACUGUGCAAGCCGCUUGCGGAGAAGAGAAGAUCGUCGGCGUCAGGUGCGUCAGAUAA